AUGCGGGCCUCUAUAGACGGUGACGGACUUUCGGACUUGGCGGACAACCACCCGCAUCCGCUCCGCAUCACCAUCGUCGGCGCUGGCAUAGGCGGCCUCGCCGCCGCCAUAGGUCUGCGCCGUAGCGGACAUACCGUCGACCUGUACGAGCAAGUGUGCUUUGCCGCCGAGGUUGGCGCAGCCGUCCACCUGAUGCCUAACGGCCUCAGCAUCCUGCGGUGCUGGGGGUUGGACACCGCCGACUUUGACCCGAACCCCAUGAGCCGUGUCGUCGAAUACGACGACCAGGGCCGGGUACAGAAGGACAUUGAUCUCUCGAGGGCGAACACGCGUUGGACUGACCCGUGGCUUUUGGCGUCGCGAGCCAAGUUCCACGACGCGCUCAAGGUGAAGGCGCUCACCUAUGGUGCUACGCUCCACACGUCUGCAAAGGUCGUGGACGCCGACCCAGUCAGUGGCACGAUCAGUCUACAGGACGGGCGAGUUGUGAAGGCGGAUGUUAUACUCGGGGCGGACGGAGUUUAUUCGGUCACGAGAAGCUGCAUUACCAAUGCGAAGCCAUUCAGCUCGGGGAAAUCGGCUUUCCGAUUCAUGAUCCCCAGGGACGUUGCACUCGCUGAUCCGGCAACUCGUCCUCUGGCGGAAAUAUAUGACGGUCUACUCGCUUGGACGGGCAAAACGCGCAGGAUCAUCAUGUAUUCUUGUAGCAACAACCAGAUGCUCAACUUUGUGUGUAUGCAUCCCGACCAAGACUCGCCCCUAGGGACACAGAGCAGCAGAUGGAACGCACCGGUGACAGUCGACCAGAUGUUGAAAGUGUAUCAAGAUUUCCCUCCAGCAGUCAAGAGUCUGCUUGCCAAGUCCGGUGAUUCUGGGGUCUUGAAGGGGGUGUGGAAGUUACUGGACAUGGAGCAGAUUCCUUACACCAAGGAUAAAAUGGCGCUGCUCGGCGAUGCUGCUCAUCCCUUUACUCCGCACCAGGGACAAGGCGCCGUGCAGGCGAUAGAAGACGCAGCCAGCCUGUCAAUCGUCCUUCCCCGAGGAACACGCCCGACAGCAGUGCCAGAGCGGUUACGGCUGUACGAGAGAAUUCGAAGCGGGAGGGCGCACAAGAUCCAAGCGUACUCCCGAGAGGCGGGAAGAGACGUGCAAGGCGACGACGACAAGCCUGAAGUGGACAACACAAACGAACUCUUCUCCCACGACGAGCUGGCCAACUCGGCACGCAUGUUACGGGAAUGGAAGCUCGACAAGAGCCCCGGCGACUUCCGCCUGAUGCCCGUCGGUAUCGGAAGGUUCUCAGGCCUGCGGCAGCAGAUGGCCUCGGCAGCAGACAAGCAGGCUCUCCGGUUCAAACGAGCCGUCGUCAAGUUUAAAAGCUCCAAGCCGUAUCUGGAGACCCUUUUCCCCAACGAACGGUUCACGUUCAGGCGCGCAGACACCCUCUGCAGGGCAAGCCUAGUCGUCACGUCCAUGGGAGGCGUGCCGUGGUUGGGCGGCGAAGGCUACACGACGCUGGCGCUUCACGUCCAUGGGGUGCAGUACAGGAAACGCGACGGCGGGGUCGUCAACGGAACCUUCAUGCCGGUGCACCUCGUCUCGCGCGGCGAGGCGGCCACGGCUGCCCGUGAGGAGCUCGGCCUCCCGAGCGUGCAGUGCGACGUUGACAUGUACCCGUCGUACGACGGCAGCGGCUAUCGGAUCACGGCGUCAUGGGGCGGGGCCAAGUUCGCCGACAUCGCGUUCGAGGGUCUCGAGAGCGGCAACGCCGCCACGGAGAGGGGGCCUAUAGGCACCGCGGCAGAUUAUGGCAUCAUGGUGUACAGGUACGUCGCUGCAGUCGGAAGGCCCGGCCAGACCGAGUGCGAGUAUGCCUGCGUGAUACCCCAUGCGAGACAAUCCAAGGCGGAGACGGUCGAGACUGUCGCGAGCUCCAACAGCGCGAGGAUGGUUUUCAAGCCGCUGGGCUGGGACCAGCUUCCUACCAUGAGCCACAUCGCAUCUGCCUUGGCGCAGAUGCCCGUGUUUGAUAUCAUGAGCGCCAAGGUCACCGAGGGGACCAACGUAUCAGAGUAUUUGUCAUCUAUUCGGAUCGAUUAG